UGAAAAGUUCCUCGUGUGAUAUAAGCGAUUGCAAACCAUUCAAGUACUAUCUUCUUUCUGUGUAAGGUUCCCGGCCUUGCCUGUUGAGCGGAGAAGCAGAUCGUCUAGGGAUCAAAGACAGAGAAAUUUGGACAAAAUGUCAAAUGAAGCUCCUGGCAUGAUUUACAGGCAUCUUGGCCGCACCGGCCUUAAGGUGUCCGCCCUGAGCUACGGGGCGUGGGUGACAUUCGGCAAUCAGAUUGGCGUACCGCAGGCCAAGAAGCUCAUGCAGCAGUGCUGGGAUGGUGGCAUCAAUUUCUUCGACAAUGCUGAGGUUUAUGCAGAUGGCAAGGCUGAGGAGGUCAUGGGUGCUGCCAUCAAGGAGCUUGGAUGGAAGCGCAGCGACUAUGUAAUUUCGACCAAGAUCUUCUGGGGUGGCAAGGGUGUGAACGACAAGGGGCUCUCUAGAAAGCACAUCAUUGAGGGCAUAAAGGCAUCCCUGAAGCGUCUGCAGCUGGAUUACGUGGACCUUAUUUUCUGCCAUCGGCCCGACACCACUACUCCCAUCGAGGAGACUGUGCGCGCCAUGAACUUUGUCAUCGACCAGGGCUGGGCAUUCUACUGGGGCACAUCUGAGUGGACUGCUCAGCAGAUCACUGAAGCUUGGGCGAUUGCAGACCGUCUGAAUCUCAUUGGACCCGCCAUGGAGCAGCCCGAGUACUCUCUGCUCGAGAGGAAGAAGGUGGAGGUGGACUAUGCCCCCCUGUACAAGAAGGUGGGCCUGGGCCUGACCACCUGGAGCCCUCUGGCUUCUGGGAUGCUGACUGGCAAGUACGCCAAGGACCAUGUUCCCGCUGACAGCCGCCUGGCUUUGGAGAUGUACAAGGGCCUCAAGGAGAAGAAGCUGAUAGAGGCCAACCUCGACAGGGUGGACAAGCUGAAGCCCAUUGCCAAGGAGCUGGACUGCACACUGGCGCAACUCGCGCUCGCGUGGUGCUUGAAGAACAGCGAUGUCUCCACCGUCAUCACUGGAGCCACCAAGCCAGAGCAGAUUAAGGACAACUUUGGAGCCCUGAAUGUGGUGCCGAUGCUGACACCUGAGGUCCUGGAGAAGAUUGAGGAGGCUGUGGGCACCAAGCCAGAUGCAUUCGCUGUCUACCGCUGAGUGAUACUCUGCGUUUGGAGUAAUAGAGCUCACACUGUACAGAGUCACAAAGCUAGCAACACAAGCAGCAAUCCAAACAUGAUGAAUCUGCAUGAUGAAUCUGCAAGAGAAUCCGUCCUUGUGUGCAAUUGCAUUCCUUGGACUCUGGAGCUUGAUUUUGAUCGUAUGUCAAUCAAACAAAUGACCUUGGCUUAGAGGCUCAUGUGGUAGGUUCUGUUUAGAGACCUAGGAGAUCUGUGUCUUCUAUUGUUACCUGUGAGGAGAGCAAGCAAUGUCUAACUUUUGUACAGCAUCUCAUAGACCAUCUCAGGUGACCUCUUGGUAUUCUUAUUGAGAGCUUGCACAUUCUCUUUGAUGUACAGGAUCUGCUAGACUGAUGAUCAAUGAAAUAUAAACUCUGUAAAAAUCAUGCAUGGUC